AUGCCUCAGCUAUCCAUUACUCCACCAUGCCCCUCAGCCAUCCAUUACUCCACCAUGCCUCAGCUAUCCAUUACCCACCAUGCCUCAGCUAUCCAUUACUCCCACCAUGCCUCCAGCUAUCCAUUCUCCACCAUGCCUCAGCUAUCUAUUACCCACAACAUCCAUUACUCAGCUAUCCAUUACUCCACUAUGCCUCAGCUAUCCAUAACUCCAAAAUGCCUCAGCUAUCCAUUAAUCCACUAUGCCUCAGGUAUCCACUACUCCACCAUGAUUCAGCUAUCCAUUACUCCACUAUGCCUCAGCUAUCCAUUACUCUACCAUGCCUCAGCUCUUACUUACACCACCAUACCUCAGCUACCCAUUAAUCCACCAUGCCUCAGCCAUCCAUUACUCCACCAUGCCUCCAAUAUCCAUUACUCCACCAUACCUCAGCUUUCCAUUACUCCACCAUGCCUCCAGCCAUCCAUUACCCACCAUGCCCCAGCCAUCUCCAUUACCCACCAUGCCUCAGCCAUCCAUUACUCCACCAUGCCUCAGGUAUCCAUUACUCCACCAUGCCUCAGCUUAUCCAUUAGUCCCACCAUGCCUCAGCUAUCCAUUAUUCCACCAUGCCCCAGCUAUCCAUUACUCCACCAUGACUCAGCCAUCCACACUCCACCAUGCCCUCAGCCAUCAUUAAUCCACCAUACCUCAGCCAUCCAUUACCCUAGCCUCAGCCAUCCAUUACAUCCACCAUGCCCCAGCUAUCCAUUACUCCACCAUGCCUCAGCUUAUCCAUUAACUCCACCAUGCCCCAGCUAUCCAUUACUCCACCAUGCCUCAGCCAUCCAUUACUCCACCAUGCCUCAGGUAUCCAUUACUCCACCAUGA